UUGUCACUUACAAAAUCAAAAGAAGCAAACCAAAAAAAAAAAAGUGUUUUGAGGUUACAAUAAGCAAAUGGAGAAAACGUCUCUCAAGUUUGUCUUCUUCUUCACCAUCUCAGUCAUAGCAAUUUGUUCGUCUUUAGUUGGUGCAAGAGAGAUGGCCAAGGAAGAAGUGAAUUGCCUCUUUGGAAAAUGUGCUGAUGGAAAGAAGAACCGUGAAGCACCUAUAAUGGACAGUUACGAGACUGAUGUGUCUUGCCGUAGAGACAAUGAAUGCAUCAAGUACUGUCCUAAAGGCUUCAAGAUUGUGAACUGCAACUUUGGGACUUGUUUCUGUGAGCGUUGAGAGAUUGGAAACCACCAAAAUAUCUAUAACUUAAGACGGAUAAGAACAAGAUAUUGAUGUGUAUUGGUGUGAAAAUGUUUCGUGUUUAUGACAAACUGUUCUGUGUAUUAGUUUGCCUUAUGUUUUGAGGCUUCCUUUCGUGAGGCAAACUGUAUAGUUCAGUUACAUUAGAUGUUGCUGAUCAUCCAAUCAUCUUCACCUGUUUCGUAAAUACUAGCAUGUCUUCUAAGCUUGUGAUAUUUUCUUUCUUUGAACACAAGGAUGAGACAGCAAGAGAACCAGAGAACCAUUCUUUGUCUGAAAAUAAUAGCCUGAACACUGAGAUCAGGAUGAGAUAGCAAGCAACUAGAGACGCAUACCGGGUGAAUACUAAAUUUCAAUCUGUAUGUCUGUGUGUUUGUGGAUCAUGUUCUGUUAGUGUUGAGAGAUUCCAAACCAUCAUAACUUCUACCUUGUACAGCGGAGCAAAUACACAAAUUGAAAACAAAUAUUUUA